AUGGAGACACUGAUGGGCAGGAUCAUCAACAACCUUGACGUUGACAUCCUAGACACUAUCGACCGUGUGAAGGCCAAGAUCUAUGCCCUCCAGGGCUUCCCCAUAGAUCAGCAGUGCCUCAUCUUCGCUGGCAGGCGCCUAGAAAACGGGAACCGCACCUUGGCAGACCACAACAUCUGCAAGGAGUCCACAAUACUCCUUGUCCUCCACCCGUGUAUUCCGAGAGGAGACAUGAUCCAGAUCUUCGUGAAGGUGCUGACUGGGAAGACCAUCACUCUCGAGGUUGGGAGCUUGGACACCAUUGAUAGCGUCAAGGUGAAGAUCUAUGAGAGGAACUACGCCCCUUUCCCGAAGGAGCAACGCCUCAUCUUUGCUGCCAGGCAGCUGGAGAGUGGCACCUUGGCGGACUACAAGGUUCAUGAGGAGUGCACCCUUCAUUUGUGUCUACGUCUUCGUGGUGGUUGA